ACUCCCGCCUCCUCCCGCUGAGAGACCCUCGGCCCGCCUCUGGAGCCCUCCACCUGCCCGUCUACCCCCGCUCAUCCCCAAAGCGCCGGCUGCGCGCAGGCGCGGUGCCCACCGGGGCGCGCGGGAGAGCCCGCGGAGCGCAUGCGCGCUGCCGGGCCCGCCGUCGCUCUGGUGUCGCCGCUGCCACCGUAGCUGCCGUUACCGCCUCCCUGCCGGCAAGUGUGGGAAAGGGGAGCUGAGAACCGCUGCCGCCGUUGCCGCCAUGGGGAGGAAGUCGAGCAAAGCAAAGGAGAAGAAGCAGAAGCGUUUGGAGGAGCGAGCAGCCAUGGAUGCUGUCUGUGCCAAAGUGGAGGCAGCCAACAGGCUCAGGGACCCUCUGGAGGCUUUCCCAGUGUUCAAGAAAUACGACCGCAAUGGGUUAAACGUCUCCAUCGAGUGUAAGCGGGUGUCUGGGCUGCAGCCGGCCACCGUGGACUGGGCCUUCGACCUGACCAAAACCAACAUGCAGACCAUGUACGAGCAGAGCGAGUGGGGCUGGAAGGACAGAGAAAAACGGGAGGAGAUGACGGAUGACCGAGCCUGGUACCUCAUUGCUUGGGAAAACAGCUCCAUCCCCGUCGCCUUCUCUCACUUCCGGUUUGACGUGGAGUGCGGGGAUGAAGUCCUGUAUUGCUACGAAGUGCAACUGGAGAGCAAGGUGCGGCGGAGAGGCCUGGGGAAGUUCCUCAUACAGAUCCUGCAGCUUGUGGCCAAUAGCACGCAGAUGAAGAAGGUCAUGUUGACGGUGUUCAAGCACAACCGCGGUGCCUACCAGUUCUUCAGAGAAGCACUGCAGUUUGAGAUCGAUGACUCUUCCCCCAGCAUGUCCGGCUGCUGUGGGGAGGACUGCUCCUAUGAGAUCCUGAGCCGGAGGACCAAGUUCGGGGACAGUCAGCAUUCCCAUGCGGGUGGGCACUGUGGUGGCUGCUGCCACUGAGCUCCUCAGCCAGAGUCCUCUCUCCAAGGCCGGCCCUCUCCCAGCCUCACGCUGCUUGUCAGGCGCCCUCAGAGCUGUGGCCUCCUCAGCCCUGCACGUGCCAGGCUACCCCUUCGCUCUCCUGGAACAGCAGGGUGCCAGGGCGGAGCCAGAAGGAGAGGAUACUGCGGGAAGAGUCAGUGGAGGCCUGGGCACGGAGUCAUCCUCGCUCGGAGGCUGCCCUCUCCUCCGCUCUGUGGCCCUGAGCUCGAGAUUCCCUGACUCCGCUGCAGCUGGAUUCUUGACAGACCCCCUUCCCCACUCACACGAUUGGACAAAUGGAGUGUUCGUACCCACCUUUAUGGAAGUCCUGGAGCCCUGGGUCAGGGUGUGGCUGGUCCUCAAAGAGGAAUGGACUUGGAGUAAGGUCUGGGCACAGAGAGGCUUCAGAGAGCCUCGGGCCUCGUGGACGGAGUGCUCUGAUGGAGACGGUGGGUAGGUCUUUGUGCUGCGACACAGGGAAGCAAGGGAGCGCUUGCCAGCUGUGCUUUUGUGGAUCCACAGUUCAGAGUGGAGUCGUUCCAGGGGACCAGCCCAGCCGACUCUGGGAAGAAGGCUGCCUCCCGCCCUCCACCGCUGCCGGCGAGAGAGGCCGAGGGGACCGGGAGUAGGUGUCGAGUGGGGCCACCACCGCUUGUUUGGGCUUUCAGACUUUGCUGCUUUUGGACUUUGCUGUAUCCUAAGCUUACCUUUUGAUCUGUGGCAGCGGCUUGAGUUUUUCAUUCACAGGGAAAUGUCAGAGGCGCCGCCUGUCCUCUCCAUUGUCCCUCACUGCUCUGCCCCUGCCCCCACCCCCAGUCCAGAUACCUCCGUUCUCACUCUCAAGGGGGAAGUAACAUCAGGGAGCCCCUCGCCUUCCCCCAGAAGGGCCUCGUUGCUGGCAGAGCCCAUGCCAGUCCCUCUCACGUCUCGGUGCUGAUAGCUCCCUGCAGGUGGAGCGUCCUCCCUCUGCAGAGAGCCCCCAGCCAGCAGCAGGCCCGGCCUGCACUCCCCAGCCUCGCCCCUCGCCGCCUCAGUGAGGCACUAGUGCCACGGCCCUGGUGGGCAGCUCAGGCCGCAGCAGGAAUGCCUAGGUGCCCCCCGCCCACCGUGGCAGUGGACUGGUGGUGGUGAGGGGGCGCUUUCCUCUCUUCUCACAGGAUAGAGAGGGUGUGGGGUCAGAGCUUGCAUUCCCUGGUCUCUAGGCCUUACUCCCCCUCCAGGGAAAAAAGAUGACCAAAUCCUAUUCCAGGAGAAAAUACCCAACACGUCCCUGUACACGUCCUUGGGCUCUGCUUUAGGGAGUGUCUUCUAAGUCCUAGCCUUUGUGAAGCUGCUGCCCUGGAGGUCUGUGGGGCCUUCUGCCUCGGAGUCUGUCUGCUCCCAGCCCACCUCCUGCCCUGACUCGGGCUUUGUGCUGAUGGGUCUCCCGGCACUGUUCUUGCUUCUCCCCAGGUCCCUGCUGCUGCCAGGUCUCUGUUCAUGGCCUCCUCCGCCCAGCCCCGCCCCUGCGGAGCGCUCCGCCUUGCUCUCGACCCUGCCCACAGUGGGCUGGUCAUCCCCUGGAGAGGGCACCAUGGCUUUACACUGGAACUAGCCCUCCUGCGCCCUUGUCCUGCUGGCUCCCCCCGGGGAGAGUGUCCGUUUCUGGAAGGGCACUGGUGGGCUUCUGGGAAUAACGUAACGACAGAGCAAGUUUAGCAAGAGUGUUUCCUCUGAUCCCCAUUCCUCAAAGGACGUGGAACAACAGUUAUUUAUUGUCUUAGAUCAUGGAUUUUUGAUACCUCCCACUCAAGGGGACCGAAAGGAACCCCCAGUGUAAAUCCCACAUAAGUGAGUUCAGUGUCCGUGUCCCUUUGUGGUCAUGAGACACCUGGCACUGUCUCCAUUGGUGGCCACUCGGUGCCAUGCCCUGCCCUCUGGGGCUCUGCUGGCCAGUUCCCGAAGGGCUGCUGGGGAGGUCAGGGCUGGGGUGCACGAGGCACUGCCUGAGACCUGCAGGUCACUCUUGUCUGUCAAGCCCGUUGGGUCCCGGCCACCAGGCGGCGUGGGGACUUUCUCCACUGCCCGGCUCGGCUCCGAGGACCCUAGUGGGUCUCUGCCAGGCUUUUUUGUUUGUUGUUCGGGGCACAUUAAAAUGUUUUUAAAGAUUUUUCUUUUAGUUGCAUUCACUCUGUUUCAAGUUUUUGUUGAUGUCAAAUGUGCAUAUGACCUGUGUACGGUUUUUAACCCUUUCUGGGCUUUUUAGAGAAAACUUUAAAGAUAAACUCCUUGAUAUAUAUUUUUUCUUUAGCAACUUGUUAUCACUGGAAUCAAAGGGGAAAAGUAAUCUCUUUGCAUUGGUGUAUUUGUAUGUCACAAAUAAAAGAUGCUUUGUUCA